UCCCCAACUUUAUUUACUUUUUCAACGUCAUAAAAAACCCCCUCAUUUCUCUCAUUUCACAAUUUCUCAAAAUCAUAAACAAUUAAUUCCAAAAAAUGGAAGUAAAACGGCGAACGGUGAAAACGUUAGUCGGAAAAUUAAGUUCGGUAUCGGAGCAAACACGUACAGAGUCACUUUGCGAGCUCCGUUUAAUGUCCAAAAACGAUCCCGACAGCCGUCCGUUAAUCGCGGAAGCCGGUGCGAUUCCGUACCUAUCCGAAAUCUUAUACUCGCCUUCCGCGAUCGCUCAGGAAAACGCAACAGCAACUUUACUAAACAUUUCCAUUUCCUCACGCGAGCCUUUGAUGUCCACGCGCGGAUUACUCGACGCGCUUUCACACGCGCUUCGAAACCCUGAGUCCGCAUUUACCGCACAAUCAGCUGCAGCUACGGUAUUUAGUUUAUUAACUGUUGAUAGUUACAGAUCAAUUAUCGGUUCAAAACGUGAUAUAUUGUACGCACUUGUUGAUAUUAUAAAAAACCAUGAUAAUAAGCAUCCGAAAACGAUAAAAGACGCGUUGAAAGCGUUGUUUGGUGUGUCGUUGUACCCGUUGAAUCGUUCAACUUUGAUAGAAUUAGGUGUAGUUCCUGCUUUGUUUUCCUUAGUGGUUAAAGAUGGGAGGGUAGGUGUGGUGGAGGACGCGACUGCGGUAAUAGCGCAGAUCGCGGGGUGUGAAGAGGCCGGGGAGGCGUUUAGGAAAGUGUCUGGAAUUGGGGUUUUGGUUGAUUUGUUGGAUUUGUCGACCGGGUCGAGUGGUAGGACUAAGGAGAAUGCGGUUUCAGGGUUGUUGAAUAUGGUGCAGUGUGGGAAGAAAGAUGUCGGUGAGUAUGUGAAAGAAAUGGCGUCCAUUGUGUGUAAUGGGAUUUCUGAUGUUGCUGAGAAUGGUAGCUCGAAAGGGAAAGUUAAAGCGAAUGAGUUGUUGAAGUUGAUUGAUGCCGGUGGUGGUGGUGGUGGUGGUUCGGGUUUUCAAGAGGUGCAACUUGACAAUGUAAUUACUCAAUCUUCUUGACUCUUUUAGGAUUUGAUGCGUAAUUACCUGACUUGCAUCUUUGUUGUUUUUAUAGAUAUACUAUUGCGUCUAAACUAUACAUUGUUACGAGUAUUAUAUAUAGAAUUCGUGCGCAUACACUUAGAAGCAAUGUGUUACCUUGGUUGUUCUCGUGUGAUUUGAUUGUCGUACUUACUUGUGUUUUUGUUCACAUAGAGAGCUUGCUUUCUAUAAAGUAGUCUUACCUAAUCUCUUACAAAGUUUAGAAGGUUACCUUUAGCUGCACCAAGAUGGACAUGCUAGUUUUUUUUAUUACUUGUAGUUUUUAUAUAUGAUGUUCUCUUGUAUAUCAGUGAAUAUUUACAAUUCGUUGGCUGAUGCAUAGAAUUUUGUCC